AGACACGCCCCCGACGCGCCCACCACGCUGCAGACACGCGAAGUAACCGUCCUAGCACCUACCGUCCCGACCAUCAUGAACGGGACGGCAGCCGCUCCCCGCAAACGUAAAUAUGCGGGCGAGAAACAGCCUGGAGGGCUUGUCAUAGUACGCGCGGGACCACGCUCCACGUCCGCACAGCCGUCCGUCAAACCACCGUCGACAUCACAGACUACUGCGAAACCUCCAUCCUCAUCUCAACCCAAACCAGCGUCACAACCCGUCAACUCCUCCUUAUCGUCCACCUCCUUUGUCCAGUCAACAUCAACGUCAACCUCGCUACAACCGAAUGGGGAUCUCAACGCUCGUCCACCAUCCCGAGCAGCCUCAACGCAGCCGCAACCCGUCCGCGCAUCUUCGAAACAGCCCCAGCUCGGGCACCGCGCGCCCUCUCAGCACCCUGCAUCGUCGUCGAUGCUCGUGCCAACACAACCACCCCAUGAGUACGAGCAGCAGCCACGGGUCCCGCCUCAAACACCACGGCAGCAGAAUCCGGCUCACGCCCGCCGGAGCUCGAUGAGCGCGCGGGGAAAGCGGGCGAGUUCCUCGUUCGAGAAUACCGGUGCCGUCCCACAUCCCCAUAACACCGUCGCCGACUCCGCCUUCUACAAACACAUCGACGCUGAGCUUCCUGAGGCCCUUCGUGCCCAGCAACUCCUUAUCUGGGCCGCGGGCCGCGCAAUGUCUCGUCUUUCCUCUUCAGUAUCAUCAUCACGCGACCACGAUAGCCCAGUUGCGAAACGACAGAAGACUGACAAAGGCAAGGCUUCCGCGAACGGGAAGGACCCGCCCCCUGCAUCGGUGGAAGAGGAGGAAACGGUACUGGAGGUGCUGAGGCGUGUGCAUGAGGAUGUGAUCCACAUGCUGGCAGAAGGCAGGAUUGAUACGCGUGUCACCGGGGCAUCGAGUAGGGAUCUGGGAGCGGAAGCGGGGAAAGAGAGGGAUGGAUUUAGGGCCAACGAUCAGAAUGUGAAGAAUCAGGCGCGCGAGGUGCGGUUCAAGGAGCAUAUCGAGCGUGCCAAAAACGAGUUUGAUGCCUGGUCCCGCGUCGACCACUUCUAUACCUCAUACUCAGACCAGACCUCCGCUGAUCUUGAGAAGCGCCGUGCAUCCCUCCUCCCUCCAUCCGCCAAGGCUCGUGGUAAACAACGCGCCGCCUCGCAGGAACCCCCAAAUCCAGACGAUGAAUGGGAAUGGAUGAUCCCACGACCAGAAGACAUGGCCCCCGAGUUCAAGGAGGAAGUUGACCUCGAGCUCGUGCAGCGCGUCAUGCGCGGCGGCACCGGAACGGGGACGACGUCGAAGAGCCAGAAGGGGCAGAAGGGCCACCGACCAAUACCAGCAGGAGGCGCUGCGGAGCGCAUACAGGACCUGCGAUUCCGCUCGGACGCGCUCUGGGCACACGCCAGCGCUGCUGCGCAGACGGCGGACAAGGCGCAGCGCGAGCUCGAUCUGCGGUUCUCACUCCUCGGGCAGGCGCUCGAUCGCGCUCGGGCGUUGAAUCAUCACCAUCAGCCACAGCCUGCGGACGGGUCGGCUUCUUUGGUGGGCUUUGUGAACGUGGCAUCGUCAUCAUCGCUUCGGCGGUCUGCUACCGAUCCCAUUGCCGGUGCUGGUACAGCUGCGUCGACAUCGCAGGCACGCUCGAUAGCCGGUGGUGAUCCGCUCGAACUCUUCCGCGCCUUAUCACGCGUGGACAGUGCCCGGCCACCGGUGCAGAUGGGUGACGCCGCACGACGUGCGGUCCGUGCUGUGCAGCGUGUACAAGAAGGCGGUGGUUUGGGCGCGGGCGAGCGAAAGAUGGUCGGUGUUCCCCCGUCCACACCACGCAAAGGAGGGCUGGGAGGAGUGGGCACACCGCGGAGUUUGCGGAAGAGCAGUACCAAGGAUAGGGAGCGGGGAUAGGCUGAGGGCCUACGUGCAUUUUUAUGGUUAUGCUUAUGUUCUAGGUCGUGCUGUUGCGGGCGCUAGGGUGCUUGUGCUGGAUGCAUAUGGGUGGGCCGCUCCCACAGACUAUCGACCAUCGUUGGAUACCUAUCUACCUCCUACCUUUACUUCUAUUUCGUCCAUGGCUGCUUCGUAUACUGGCUAUAGCACUAC